AUGGAGAGAGUACAUACUCGAAUUCCAAAAGCUCCAAGAGCACAGAGAACUUGCAUCCACUUUCCCAAUCUACCCCUUCCACGUACCCAAAAUCUCCAAUCUCCAUCUUCCUAUCCCCAUUCUACCCCUCCUCUCCAUCAAAAACUACAAAACCCACCAUCUCCAUCUUCUCAUCACCACACCAUCCAUGAUCCUACCUCGAAUCUCGUCAUCCGUCUUUCUCAAUUACACACGUGCGAGAAAAAAGAACUGGGCCCGGGCCCUGGCCCGUUUAAGUCUCCCUCAUAUCGGGUAGAGAGCUCUUCUGAUAAAGAACUGAGAGGUGAGAAGAAUGAAGGGAGCAUAAGAGAUAUUGUCCGUCCGUCUCCGCCACAAGCAGAGAGUUUGAUCAGAUCAAGGCAGUCGAAACGAUUGGGUCCGCGGCAAAAGAAGGCAAGGAAGGAGCUGUCGAUCUCGAUCUCACUCUCCAGGGAAGAGAUAGCAUCUGACUUUUUGGAGAUGGGAAUGAAGCUGCCUCGGCAACCGAAGAAGAGGCCUAAGAACGUGCAGAAGAGCUUGGAUAGACUAUAUCCGGGCACGGGGCUGUUCAACAUAACUCCAGAUUCAUACGAUAUUCCCCGUUGA